UGUGACAGCUUUGGAUGGCACAGCAGGGGCAGCUGACACAGCCACAAAGCACAAAAUUACUUUAAAAGUCUUGUGCAAUCUGGGGCUGUGAGUCACUCCUUCCUGAGAGGUUGUCAGAGUCUGAUCCUGGGCUCUUCAAGGACAGACACUCACCAAGAAGUCAGGCAGAAGGAGCUGACAAACACACACAGCCAGCUUAGAGGAUUCAGCCUUUCUUAGGGAUUUGCAGCCUCUUCAGCCAGGGAGCCCAGCAGAAAAUUCCCAAGCAUUGUCUCCCAUUUUUAGCACCAGACAGAAUUCUGUCUCUUUAAAAAAAAACUCUUUGUAGGUGGCCUCGCCUGUCACUGCCUUGGAACUGGCCCUAAACCCAGAAGUGGACUUGUAGAGUUCUCUGAUUUGGAAAAGGAACAAGAAAAGUCAUUUUUUUUUACCCCCCUGGAGAUAAAAGGACAAGGGAAGAGCAAUGCAUCUUCACAGCCCUUCCCUGAUGGCUGAUGGGAGCUUCUCUCUGUCUGGACACUUGGUCAGGAGUCCAGUGGGGAACACCUCCAGACUUCACAGCAUUGAGGCCAUUCUGGGAUUUUCCAAAGAGGACGGUAUCCUGAGCUCCUUCCAGCAAGAGGGCAGUCCCAGGAAAGGCAAGCAGGCUGAGAAAAGGGCUUCCAGACAUUGCUUGAUCAAAAUGGCAGAGGAGCUACAACCCCAGCAGAACCAGCUGGAGGACAGACAGGAGGAUGUCUAUGGGGAUUCUUACUGCAGUAAGAGCUCCAGCGAGUGCCUGAGCCCCGGGUUGUCCGGCGGUAACGGUGACAAGUCUGAUGAUGACCAGCCGAAGAAGAAGCACCGGAGGAACCGGACCACCUUCACCACCUACCAGCUGCAUGAGCUGGAGAGGGCCUUCGAGAAGUCCCAUUACCCCGAUGUGUACAGCCGGGAGGAGCUGGCCAUGAAGGUCAAUCUGCCAGAAGUCAGGGUCCAGGUGUGGUUUCAGAAUAGGAGAGCUAAAUGGAGGCGACAAGAGAAACUUGAAGUGACUUCCAUGAAGCUUCAAGACUCCCCAAUCCUGUCUUUUAACCGAUCGCCGCAACCGUCUGUCAUGAGCACCAUCAGUAGCAAUCUUCAGCUUGAUUCCUGGCUUUCUCCACCCAUGUCCAACACUACUGCCCUGCAAACUCUGCCAGGCUUUGUCACCACUCAACAGAGCCUCCCUGGCAGUUACACUCCACCACCAUUCAUGAACACCACUCCCGUUGGCCAUUCUCUUCAACCGUUGGGAUCCAUGGGUCCACCACCUCCUUACCAGUGUGGCGCCAACUUUGUAGACAAAUACCCUCUGGAAGAGAUAGACCCAAGGAACACUAGUAUAGCAGCCCUCAGGAUGAAAGCAAAGGAACACAUUCAGUCUAUGGGCAAGCCUUGGCAAACCAUCUAAAGAGUAAAGUUUGGACCAAACUCUUUAAGGUGGCCUCCAAGAAUCAAAAGACAAUGAACUUCUGAGACUUGAACUUUAUGUGCCAAGCACAGUUGAAAUCAGAGCAUCUUGAACUAUCCCAAAACUAACAGUGGCCUAUCACAGCUUAUUCAACAAAUAAUCUGACUUAAAUCUGAAAUAAACUACACGCUAAUUUAUACAGAGAUGGGGAUCUUGUACAAAGAGGGAAUUCCUUGUACUCCUAGGAAAGAGGUGCAUGAUUUUUUAUGGGCCUCACAUGACAGUAUGCAAUUUUACCAGGCCCAGUAAUUUGCCAUGAUUCUUGGACACCUAUAUAUGUGAUUCCAUAUUGGAAAUACUAGAGUGAACAUGAUCUAUAAUGCUCUUGGGACAUAAUAAUUGAAUUCCCAUUGUCCUUGCAUAGAGAAACAUCACAGAUAGAGUACUCUCUACUGUUAUGUAAUGGUAAAUGUAAUAAAUAUCUCUUUCUAGCCACACACAUUGCAAUCUUUCCUGUCUUACAUUCCAGUUUUCUUAGUCUUUAAUUCUAAAUUUAGGAAAUGCAAAGUUGCCACUUGCAAUAGACCUAGAUCUUUAUACAAGCAAACUCAUAGCAUAUAGUAAUAUCAGAUUGUAGAGUGUAUGUGGCCAAACCACAGCAUGUUACCAACUUGUUGGAAGAAUUUUGCAAUGCUAUAGAUUUAUUGGGGUGCUAAAUUUUAUGGUGAAUGUCUAGCAAUAACAUUAUUUUAAUGCCCAAAUUUGGGUCUUUUAACUAUACCAUUGAAAGUGGUUUGUUAUAUCCAUUUGAUA